CCGCGGGCUUCAGCGGGGAGGGGGCGUGGGCUCGCGCGGUCGCGGUCUGGGGGCGGAGCCGCCGCCUCCUCGCGGAUUCCGUUAGGUGCGAGCGCGGCAGCCGUUGGCCGUUCCUAGUCGCUCGUUCGUCCGCCGGCGGCGAUGGAUGCGAAGAAGAAAAUCACAGUGCCCCUUAUCUAUGCUGUUUCCAUUGCUGCCAUUGGAUCUCUCCAGUUUGGGUACAACACUGGUGUCAUCAAUGCUCCUGAGAAGAUCAUCCAGAAGUUCUUCAACAGAACCCUGUCAGAACGGAGUGGGAAGGCUGUCUCUCCAGAGCUCCUCACCUAUCUGUGGUCCCUUUCUGUGUCCAUCUUCUCAGUAGGAGGUAUGAUUGGCUCCUUCUCAGUCAGCCUGUUCGUCAACAGAUUUGGCAGGAGGAACUCCAUGCUACUGGUGAACAUCUUGGCCUUUGCUGGUGGCGCUCUCAUGGCCUUCUCUAAGAUGGCAAAGGCAGUGGAGAUGCUGAUUAUUGGACGCUUCGUUAUUGGCCUCUUCUGUGGUCUCUGCACUGGUUUUGUGCCCAUGUACAUCAGCGAGGUCUCACCCACGAGUGUUCGUGGAGCCUUUGGCACCCUCAACCAGCUGGGCAUUGUUGUGGGCAUCCUGGUGGCCCAGAUCUUUGGCCUGGAGGGGAUCAUGGGAACUGAAGCACUUUGGCCACUGCUUUUGGGAUUCACGGUCCUCCCAGCAAUCCUGCAGUGUGUGGCUCUUCUUUUCUGCCCUGAGAGCCCCCGUUUCCUAUUGAUCAACAAGAUGGAGGAAGAGAAAGCUCAGGCAGUUCUCCAGAAACUUCGUGGUACACAAGAUGUGUCUCAAGACAUCCUGGAGAUGAAAGAAGAGAGUGCUAAAAUGUCCCAGGAAAAGAAGGCAACUGUGCCAGAACUCUUCCGUUCUCCAAACUACCGUCAAGCUAUUAUCAUUGCCAUCAUGCUGCAGCUUUCCCAACAGCUCUCGGGCAUCAAUGCUGUAUUCUAUUAUUCUACAGGGAUUUUUGAAAGAGCUGGUAUCACACAGCCUGUGUAUGCCACUAUUGGAGCUGGAGUGGUAAACACUGUCUUCACUGUUGUGUCGCUGUUCCUGGUGGAGCGUGCAGGGCGCAGGACCCUUCAUUUAGUUGGUUUGGGUGGCAUGGCAGUGUGUGCUGUUCUUAUAACUGUUGCUUUAGCUCUGAAGGACAUUGUGGAGUGGAUCAAAUACAUCAGCAUUGUUGCCACUUUUGGCUUUGUGGCACUUUUUGAGAUUGGCCCUGGCCCUAUCCCAUGGUUCAUCGUGGCAGAACUCUUCAGCCAGGGCCCACGACCUGCAGCCAUGGCAGUGGCUGGUUGUUCUAACUGGACUUCAAACUUCUUGGUGGGAAUGCUCUUCCCGUAUGCAGAGAAACUGUGUGGCUCCUAUGUCUUCCUCAUAUUCCUUGUUUUCCUGGUCAUCUUCUUUGUCUUCACAUUCUUCAAAGUGCCGGAGACCAAGGGCAGGACUUUUGAAGACAUCUCCAGGGGCUUUGAAGGACGAGCAGAAGCUAGCCCCACGUCCCCUGUAGAGAAGAACCCCAUGGUGGAGCUGAACAGCAUACAACCUGAUAAAGAAGUUGCCUAAGAUUCAUGGCACACCCCUUCUCUGACUCUUACAUGCUUAAAGAGUCAUUAAAGGAAUGAGCAAAGAAAACCAUGAGAACUGGGACAUUUUUUCCCCCCUCAAUUGCUGCUAUUUUAUUCUUUGCGCCCACACAUUCACCCAUCCUGCCAGGCUUACCAGCAUUAAGCAAAUCUGAUAUGGGUGAUCCCAUUUUCAAGUACUGGAAGGCACCUGGCACUUGCAAAAAUAGUCUCAUCUUCCCUGUUACAAACAUCAGAACAGAGAAGAUCUGGCAGUAUUUUUGCUUUUCUCACAUAUAACUGCUAUUUGGGGUUAACAUACUUAUGCACGCAGUGACCGUUACACAUUUGAAUCUAAUUACUAUUUUUGUAGUGAGUUGAAGUGACCUGAUAAACAAGUCCCCAUCCCUAUGAGUCUUCUCUGUGUGUGUGCAGUGUUACACUGGAAUUUAACAAGCCUACCAAAAAGCCAUCUCUUCACUUUUUCCUAUCCAGUGUACACUUUUUUCAGCCUCAGGAAAAAGGGGACCAAGCUACAUGCAUAUUUUUUUCCUGCUUUUAUUUUUUUGUAUAGACAGACUGAAAGCAUACUUCUACUUAAGUUUAUUUAUUUGUAUGUCACUUUGUAAAUAUUUAUUUUUUUAAUGGUGUACAAAAAUGUACAGGUAAUGAAAUUGAAGAUGUUUAAGAGAAAUAACUAUUCUAACAAGAUGCUGUAGUCUUGAGGUGCAAUAAGACUGUAAAGGAGAAAUGUGGUACGAAGCAGGAGGUAAGGCAUUUUGGAUGGUGUGUACAACAGUUAUGCACAUCACCUUUAAGUUAUUUGUGCCCUCUGGAAAGAAAUUCAAAGAAUUGCAUACUAGUGAGAUGUGUGUGUGUGUCCACCAAAAUCUGUUUGGGGAUUUUGUGGGUGGCAAUUUUAAGUAUUGUUCCCAAGUGUUGAUUGGAAAGUGUGGUAUUGCAGCAAAUGGGUGUUGUUGGUUUAUAUUUUCAGUCGCGGUUAAGCAUUGUAUGGGAUAACUGAGGGUGGUGAUUUUACUUUUUGGUUUCUCUGAUGUAUUCGAGUAGGUCAAAGUCUGAAAUUUGCAGCUGUUACUUAAGGGUGUGUAAGGAUAAAAAGUAUUUUCCAAAGUUGUAUUUUCUUAGGAAUUGUUCUUAGAAAUAUUAGACAGAGGCAUGUAGCAUGACCUUUUUUGGACUCAGGCCUGGUUGGUUAUGUGAAAGUUCAUAAAGCUAGAGAUGCAGGACUAGAGAUCAGAGUUACUGGAACUUAACUAGCUUAGCAGUGUGAAGGGUCUGUAGUGCUCGGUCCACUGGUUGGUUGCAGGCCAAAUGUUUUUGCCCCAUGGAAGAUCUCUGCAGAAGAUCUCUGGAAGAUCUGCAUGAUGUGAUGCUCACUAGUGUGCAGCAUGCUGUAUAGAUGUGCACAGCUCUGUGGUAGUGCCCCUGUUGGAACGGAUAUGGCAGGUUGUAACUGUUCAUCAGUAAAUAUUGGUCUCCCCACUUGUCAUACUGCUAGGAAAUCGAGAGUGUAUAUACACCUACCCUUGCUGCCAAGCUAGCACAGUUCAGUUGGACAAGGCAGAAAGUAGCACAUAUGGUAUACUUAGAGUUAAGGGGUGGGAGCUUUGCUUCACUGCCUGCAGUGCUUUGUCAAGAGAGUCUAGGCCCGUGUCUGUCCAGACCUGCACAUGCUAUCAAAAGGUAGCACAGAGGUAGGUCCAAUUUAAACCCCUCUAAGAUCUGCUUUUUUGGACUUGAUCAAACUCAGAUCUACCUGCAAAACUCAUGCUGGAGUUCAUCACUGGAUAUCCUAGAAGAGAGGCAGGCCCUUAGUUUCCAAGGUGGGUAAGAAGAAGAAAGGCUCAGGAAGGCAGGAAUGGCAGCACGUUCGCUGUAGCAUGGAUAGCCCAAGCUUUCUUGACAACAUACUGCUUCAGAGCAGGUCAGAAGUUUACCAUUGGUGUAUAUUCUGGGGGUGUGUAUGUGGUGCUUUCAGUAACUAGAGUUAUGACAUUUCUACCUUCCCUAAUGAGAAACAGUUGCAAAGAUCAGUAAAAUUUGCUGCUGUGAAAUACACUUCCUGUGACUUAAUUUGAAAUACUCCAGCUUUGCACAAUGCAAUCCUCUUGCAUCCAAUUUUCCCUAGCUUUCUAUCGGGCUUCUGUGCCAGAUAUGUAUUCUCAGAAGUAUUAUAUUUCCCAACUUUAAUAUUCUGGCUCAGUUAUAUAGAUUUCUAUGCCCUCUGACUCUGGCACUUCCAGACAUCGUAUUUCUCUAUGGGCAUCUAUAUGUUAGGAAAAUUCCCCUACAGCUGUGCAUAAGAGCAUUCCAUUUGUUGCUUCAGAGAUGUGUGUUGGAUUGGACUGAAAUGUGUAGGUCUUUCUCACAUAGUAUCUCUUUAUUUUCUUUUUCUGUAACAGCUUUGUGAAUAUUUUGGGUGGGUUUUAUAUGCUUAUUAAUGUGGUUGUUUCCUGUUUUUAAAAUAAAAACUAUAGAAAUAAA